AUGACAUCCCGCCUGCAUCUCCACCUGGCCUGUGUGAGCCUGCUCUCCCUCUGCUGGGGCAUCUGCCACUCCUCUCCUCUCUUCUACAAUGUUUCCAUGGAUGGCAGUGGAGAUGAAGCAGAGCUCGAGCUGCUUUUCCCAACGUCCUUCUCCACCCGAGCUCCCGUCCAAGUGACGGCAUCCACCGGCACCCCCAGCCUGACCAACAGCAUCACCACCACCAUGAUCCGACUGAAAGACUUUGUCCUGAGCAGGGUGGUGGACUUCCUGCAGGAGAAUCUUCUCAUCAUCAUCGUGGUGACCUCCCUGCUCAUCGUCAUGGUCUUCAUCAUCUGCUGUGCGUCUGCCAUGAGUCAUAAACGUAAGCUGGAGGCCUAUAAGCCCCCGCCAAACCCCCCCAGGAAGUACAUGGCCGACAAAACAGUAGCAGGGAAGACUGAGGUCCAGGAGAGGGCUUAUGGAGUGGACCACGUCAAGAGGGUCCAGAACCAAGGCAUGGCCUCCCCUAACCUCCGGGUGCCAUCCAAGGCUCUGGUUGGAGAAAGAGGUCGGGAUGUCAGGUCGUCGCCCCGCCAGGAGGUGAGGAAGGUGCGGGAGGUUGAGGAGGUGGAGAAGCGUCGAGAGGAACCGAAACAUAAGGAGCAGCCCAAGCAUCGUGAGGAGGUGCAGCACACUUCCGCUGCUAGCUCCAGUCAUCCUGUCUGUACGUGCCAUCUGAAGAAGAACCACCACUAG